GUGAGCCGCGCUCAUUCUUAGGCGAGGCAUCGCACAGUACGGUUCUAUACGUGGCUUCAAGUAUCUCGCUAUCAUAAGAAGCGAUCGUUCGCGAAACAGGCAGCUAGAUAGAGAUAGAAGAGAACCAGGAUAGAGAAGGGGAAGAGGAAAAGAGAGAGAGAGAGAGAGCAAGAGCGAGAGCAGUGCUUAUUAUUAUACCUCUUUAGUGGCUUGGUGAAAGAGACACGAGUGCGGUCGAAGAGAAGAGAAUCAUGGCUGACAGUGGUAUCAAGCGUAAUAUUCCCAUCAAGCUCGGUGACUUCAGCGUGAUCGACACCGAGUUUUCGAACAUACGGGAACGGUUCGACGCCGAGAUGAGAAAGAUGGAGGACGAGAUGUCACGGUUCCGUAGCGAGCUAAUGAACCGUGAAAGCAACAACUUCUUUAAGAGCACCACCAGUCGACAUCACACGAGCUCCAGCGAACACCGUACGUCGACUACCUCGAAGACCGAAGGUUGGGACAAGGUCGACCCUGCAGCACCGCCAAAGCGGUCCGCAUUCGACAGCUUCAAAAGGUGACGCCACUGUAAAACAAAAACCAAA